GAUUAUAUUGAUAUAAAGCUGAAUUGAAGUAAAUAAAAUCAUGGCGAGCCCUUCGCCCCAAAGCAGCCCUAUGCCGCCUCCUCAGGCUCCAAGUCCUAUGGGACCACCCUCACAAAGUCCGGCACCACCGCCUUCUCCUCACAGUCCUUACAGCCAAGGUCCUCCACCACCGCAGCAACAACAGCAGCAAGGUCCUCCGCAACAGCAAGGACCUCCACCACAACAAAUGGGUCCUAAUGGAAUGGGACCACAAGGGCCUCCUCCGAAUGGAGGACAUAUGGUUCCACCACAUCCACAACAGUUCGGAGCUCCUCAGCAUCCUAAUAUGCCACCAGGUCAUCCUGGUGGUCCAAUGGGUCCAGGACAACCUCAUCCUGGAAUACACGGAAUGCCGCCUCAGGGACCACCUAUGGGCUAUCAUCCGAUGCCUCAACAUCCUAAUCAGGGGCCAAGUCCAGGACCAAUAGGUCCUCCACCUCCACAAGGACCUCCCCAAGGCCAAGGUCCGCCCAUGCAACACGGCCCGCCGCCUCCGCACCACCAGCAACCGCCUCCCGGUAUGCCUCCAGGACCACCAAAUGCGCCACCUCAACAACAGGGACCGCCAGGACCUCCUGGGCCAGGAGGUCCACCUCAGCAACAAAUGCAGGGACCACCGAUGCCACCACAAGGAGGAGGUCCUAUGCCUCCACAGCAGGGCGGAGGACCUCCUCCUCCUCAAGGGGGCCCUCCACCUCCGCAGGGACAGGAGAAUUUGAGCGCUUUGCAGAGGACUAUUGAUACUAUGGAGGAGAAAGGAUUACAGGAAGAUCCUCGUUAUGGUCAACUUCUGGCCUUGCGUGCUAAGUACGGUCCACAAGAUCCUUCAAAACAACCUUUCAGUCAGAAUCAGCUCGUGCAAUUAAGAGGACAAAUAAUGGCAUACAGAAUGUUGGCCAGGAAUCAACCAUUGAACCAGCAACUUUUGUUAUCCGUCCAGGGUAAAAGACCAGAUGGAGUAAAUCCUCCUCAGUGCCCUACACCUCCAAGCAGCCCGUUCCAACCUGGACAGCCUGGACAACCUCCUGCACAGGGUCCGCCACAGAUGCCAGGUCAACCUCCAAACAGCCACCAGCCUCAAAUGAUGCAACCAGGAAUGUCAAAACAGAUGGCUCCUGGACAACCUGGUGCACAACCUGUGGGACCUCCGACACAGAAACAGAACAGGAUCACCACUCUCGCUAAACCUGUCGGGCUGGACCCUGUUUUGCUGCUGCAGGAGAGGGAAAACAGAGUUGCUGCUCGCAUAGCUCAUAGGAUUCAGGUUUUGAGCAACUUGCCGACUACUAUGCCAGAAGAUUUGCGUCUACAAGCUCAAAUCGAGCUUCAAGCUUUACGUGUCAUCAAUUUCCAAAGGCAGUUGCGCAGUGAGGUUAAUAUGUGUACAAGACGUGACACGAUGCUGGAAACUGCUGUUAAUGUCAAAUCUUACAAAAGAACCAAACGACAAGGUCUGCGUGAAGCCAGAGCCACUGAAAAGUUGGAGAAACAACAAAAAAUGGAAGCCGAAAGAAAACGAAGACAGAAGCAUCAAGAAUUUCUUUCUUGUGUACUGCAACAUGGCAAAGAUUUCAAAGAAUUCCAUCGCAAUAAUGUUGCAAAGUUGGGUCGUCUCAACAAAGCUGUUAUGAAUUAUCAUGCUAAUGCUGAACGUGAACAAAAGAAGGAACAGGAACGUAUCGAGAAAGAACGUAUGCGCAGGUUAGUAUUUAAUACAUGGUAUAAAAUAAAAAAAAAAUUAAUCGAAUAA